GAGAUGCGAGCACAGCUUAAAGUAACUACAAGUGUUUCCGUGAAGCCAUAAUCUGUGGUUUAUGAAUUUCAGCGCUGAAGUUCACUUGUAUACAUGUUGUUAUCAUAUUAGCUUAUCUUCAGAUAAGGAUGUGGCUUCUAUUUCCAUUUUCUUUGCCAGUGCCUGUAUUCCCUAGAAAAAUGCUUUUCAUGGACACUGUUUUCUUUUGUAUUUCAUUUCUACUUUCAUUUUUAUUCCCUUCCCCCAGUCAGAAAAGAAAAUCAAGAUUCUCUGGAAGAUUCUCUCCCUCCAUACCAGUCCUUCCCACACCAUUUAAUUCUGUCUUCAAACAGCACCUGUGCUUCCAAAUAUUUUAAUUUGAUAGUUCUUUAUGAAUAUUAGAUCAGAUAAAUUUAAAUUAUACUUGUUACUGAUUAAACUGAGGGGAGAAAAGAGUUAGUCAAUGUAAACACUUUGACCUCUACUCUUUAAAGAGACUGUUGAUCUUCUGACCUCCUUCUUGGGAUGUCCUCCAUAUUUCCAAUGGUAUAUCCUCCACACCAGUGCAUCUUCAGUCAAGCCAGGAAAUGCAGCAGGAGAAUGACUCUGCCUUUUACAGGAAAAGGGAAAAUACCAGUUGGCAUUGGCUCAUUAGAGUGUUACUUUAAAAAUAAAAUCUAUACUUGUCUUGAUGAGAUAUGGGUUUAAACAAGUGUGACCUCUUGGACACUCGAUAGCUUUUAUCUUACCAGUCUGUGCUGUGGUUUUUCCUUCUGAAGGAAUAGGAAGGGAUAGGUAUGUUGAAGGGGGGGGGGGGGGGGAGGAGGGAAAAAAAAGUGACAAGAGAAAAUUUUGAGGUUCUGAAAAGGCUUUGGGGGUAAUUGAAUAAAGGAAAAAAGAACUUAUGCUUCAUAAGCUCAACCAGGCAAAAUUAUGGCCAACUUUCAGUGGAGAUCAAACCCCUGUGCUCUGUAAGCUUAUUUGGGGGGAUCUGGUGGUGGGUGGAGGGUGGCAAUAGGGGAGUGAGUGAGAAUUGUUUUCUUCUAGUUUCUUAGCAAAAGUUCCUUUUGAGAAACUUCAUUCUUAUAUUGACUUAAACAAGAGGGAUAGGAAUGUUUCAAAAUCUCAACAUAAAAUGCCUUGUACAUGAUAAAUAUUCAACUAAUGUAUCCUUCACCCUUCUCUGCCCCAACCCACUAAAGAGAUAUUGGUAGCAAAACUAGAUCCAUUCCAGAGCCAGGGAAAGAAGAGAGAAUUAUGAAUACCAAAAAGAUGGAGUGAGAUCCACCAUGAGUGUUAGUGCCUUUUUACAGUGGUUCCCCGAGGAACUUAAGGAUUGGUUUUGAAAUGUGAAAGGAAAUCUUUAUAUAGUUUUAUAUGAAGAGUUGUAUUCUAAUCUCUAAGAGAUCAUUGAAGGGUGAACUGUCAGGCUAUCUGAAAUUCUGUCAGUUUUCCCACUGACUGGCAAAAAUCACCUUUCUUUGCUGUUCUCUGAUCCUUGCUCCCAGUUGUUAAAUUUGCUUUCAUUAUGAACAUGGUGGUGGUCUAGGAAGUAGCUUAUAUUUGCAGAAUCCUCUUCCUUCAGCAUGUCUUGGUGACAAUAUCAAGGAAAAUGGGGACUUAGUAAACAGAGGCUGACCGGAGUCUUCAUCUGUUUGUUUGCAAAAGAAUUGCUAAAUUCUUCACUUGUGAUUUGGAACAGUAUAUUUUAGGAGUUUCAUAAUAAAAGAACUAAUGAAACUGAAAGUCACCUCAAGACAAAAGAAUACUUACAUUUUAUGUUGCAAAACAACCUUUACCCUCUUGUAAAAUGCUUAAUGCCCAGAGCAAGAAAAAUUCUUAGCUAAGGUAGUUUAGAAUGUCAAUUUUAUUACAUUUAACAUUUUAUCUUUUUUGGAAGAUGGGGAAAUUUGGGAUGCACUUCCCAUUGGUAGAGCUAAUAUUUAUUGAGUACUUGGUGUAGGUUAACAACUGUUCUAACAGUUUUAUACAUUAUAUAUAUAUUUACUCCUCCUUAUAACCAUGAGAUUGAUAUCAAUUAUCCUCCCUCCAAUUUUGUAAAUAAGGAAACUGAUGCACAUAGAAAUAAGGAAAUGCACUUGUCUAGAUAAGUUUGUAGAUGAAUUUAUUACUCGCAAUUUGCCAUCUGGUUUUAUUUCUGUCUUAUUGUUUGUAUCUGCAUAUGAUAGGACAAAAUCACCCAUGCUCUGGGUGGAACAAAAAGAAUGACAGUUAGAUAAGAAUGUUUCCAAAGAUUUUCACAUCUCUAAAAGCAGUGUGAGAAUGCAUCCCUGAAUUUUUAGCCCAGAGCCACCAGUUCAGACUUUCCUGUGUAUACUUAAAGUUCACCAAAGGGUCAGUUUCUUUGAAGCCGUAAGUCUCUCUUAGGAUCUCUUGUUUCUCAUCCAUCAAUCCUUUCUGAUCAGACUUCUGGAUGGGCCAGAAGCCAUCUCCAAUUAUCUUUAGGAUAUUGGUCAUGGCGUGGGGGAAAUGAGGGGGUGAUGUGCUCCUCAGAUAUCAUAGCUGGAUCUCAGGGUCCCAUUCUCUUCUGCUUAUUUGUACUUAUUGGGAGGUCUGCCUCUCCUUCCCCCACCCCUCAUACAUAAGUCUGUGAAUUCUUUGGAGGCAAUUUGUCUUAUUUUUUAAUCUUUACUUCCUUAACACUGACUAUGAUACUUCAUACACUUGAAUGCACCUAAGUUGAAAUUUCAUUUACCAUUAGUAAACAGUUGAGCUACAGAACAAUCCAGAUUAUUAUUAAAUUUAACCGGAGUGUUUGGUUUUAAAGUAUUUGACAUAGAGAUUGUUUUAGUUAUAGAGAAUAAAUUGACACAAUUAAAAAUAUUUAGGGGUGCCAGGGUGACUCAGUCGGUUGAGCGACUGUCUUCAGCUCAGGUUAUGAUCUCACCAUUCAUGGGUUCGAGCCCUGCAUCGGGCUCUGUGCUGACAGCUCAGAGCCUGGAGCCUGCUUCAGAUUCUGUGUCUCCCUCUCUCUCUGCCCCUCUCCUGCUCACACUCUGUCUCUCUGUCUCUCAAAAAUAAAUAAACAUUAAAAAUUUUUAAAAAAAUAUUUAAGCAGUUUUGAUUUUAAAUCCAAUGAAUAAAUAAGUAUUUGUUAAAUGUUGAAUUAUAUAUCUCAGUCUUUUCUUGGUGCCCUAAGUAGCCUAGUUUCUUUCUUCUGUGGGGAAAACAUCAGGAUGCCAAGUCACAUUUUGUGUUUUAAAAUGGGUGAGAGAGUACCGGGUUUUUGAGUUCCAGUGAACUGUUUGGUAAUUUUGCUGUAUUAGAAAGGUUAAGAGGUGCCUGGUUGGCUCAGUCGGUUAACCAUCCAACUUCAGCUCAGGUCAUGAUCUCACCGUCUCAUGGCUUGUGGGUUCUAGCCCCAUGUCAGGCUCUGUGCUGACAGCUCAGAGCCUGGAGCCUGCUUUGGAUUCUGUGUCUCCCUCCCUCUCUGCCCCUCCCCUGUUUGCACUCUGUCUCUCUCUCUCAAAAAUAAAUAAACAUUAAAAAAUAAUUUAAAAAAAGGUUAAAUAACAUGCCUAAGGUCAUAUACUGAUAAAUAUCAGACCAAUGAAUAGAUAUGUCUGACUUCACCUUCCAAAUAUUUCUGUACACUAUUUAGCAAUGUAAAUAGGUGCUCGAGAAGAUGCCAAGGUAGAUCUCUAGUUCAUCUUCUGAGAAGACAGCUCUCAACUAGAUGCCAGGAAUUUUAUACUACCUUCUAUGUUUCUGAACAUAACCAAAUACUCACUGAAACUGAGCUACAACUGCAUCUGUGACCAUUGCUAUAAACAGGAGGUAUAUGUUGUGGCGAUCUUGAACUCUGAGGGGAAUGGACUUGGGGAGAUCAGGGAAGGCUUCCAUGAGUUAAUGAAGUUUGAGCUGUGGGGAAUUUGACACAGUCUAUGUGACUUCAAGCCACAGCAUCAUUCUAUACCUGUUCUGGGUGGUACUGCUUCAGACUUGGAUCCAUGAAUGUGAGCAGCUAAAAGGCAGUGGAAUUGGUCACAUCCAUCUAAGUUGUUAAAAGUUAAUUCCACUAGAACUGCAACACAAAACUGGGAAAUUAGGAAGAAUUAAUAAGAAAACUAAUAAGAAUAAAUACUCCAUAUACUGUUUCCAUUUAUUAAUCCAGAUCUUAUUUUUCAGGUAAAAGUUAUUAUACUCCACUUUCAUGCCCACAAUAUCUUUACCUCUGCCAACACACAUACACAGAGUUGGAUUUAUAAUCACAUAGCUCUUGUAGGCUAAUAGGCUAAAUGGCCUUUCAGGGCCCACAGCCUGGGGGAUUCCAAGUCGGAGAAGAAAGAAGAUACUUAAUGUGGAACCAGAAUUCUCUUGGCUAGCUGUUAUUCUUGUAGCCCCCAUGUAUCCAGAGCUGCCCAGGCUCUUGAAUUUAUGGAAAAAAAUAGAAGGCCUUGUCCUUGUUCUAAGGGGCUUGCUGCCCUGUUAAAAGACAAGACGAUGGGAAUGCAAGCUGGUGCAGCUACUCUGGAAAACAGUAUGGAGGUUCCUCAAAAAACUAAAAAUAGAACUACCCCACGACCCAGCAAUUGCACUACUAGGCAUUUAUCCAGGGGAUUCAGGUAUGCUGUUUUGAAGGGACACAUGCACCCCAAUGUUUAUAGCAGCACUAUCAACAAUAGUCAAAAGUAUGGAAAGAGCUGAAAUGUCCAUCGAUGGAUGGGUAAAGAAGUUGUGGUAUAUAUAUACAAUGGAGUAUUACUCGGCAAUCAAGAAGAAUGAAAUCUUGCCAUUUGCCACUACAUGGAUGGAACUAGAGGGUAUUAUGCUAAGUGAAAUUAGAGAAAGACAAAAAUCAUAUGACUUCACUCAUAUGAGGACUUUAAGAGACAAAACAGAUGAACACAAGAGAAGGGAAGCAAAAAUAAUAUAAAAACAGGGAGGGGGAUGAAACAUAAGAGACUGUUAAAUAUGGAGAACAAACAGGGUUACUGGAGGGGUUGUGGGAGGGGGAUGGGCUAAAUGGGUAAGGGGCACUAAGGAAUCUACUCCUGAAAUCAUUGUUGCACUAUAUGCUAAUUUGGAUGUAAAAUAAAGAAAAUUAAAAAAAAAAAAAAAGACAAGACGUGUGCGAAUAAAACUUGAAUUUAAGACCCAGUAUAAAUAAAUAAAGUGCUGAAAUUAUUGCGGGAGAGGAGGUAGGCUUUAACAGAGAAAGAAUGGCCAGUUCAGGCACAGUAGGAAGACUAUAAGAAGCCAGUAGGCAUGAAUCAUGCCCUGAAAGGAUUGAGUUAGAAAAAAAGAAAAGGAAACUACUAACAUGCAUUGUAUGCCUAUUAUAUUCCAGGCACUGUUAGGCAAUGUUUUAUCUUAUGUUGGUCUCAUUACAGUCUUGCAAAGCAUAUCUACAAAUCCAUGUUUCACAGGUGAGGAAACUAAAACUUGGUUAAUGUUAUCAAGUAUUGUCUUUGGUUUCAAAUAUUGUCAAAUACAGCCUCUCUUGCACAACUUCUUUUUUAGACCUCUCUAUUUUCAUACUUUGUUUUUAGAGAAGUACACCAAACUCAUCAUGAUUGAAGACAAUAAGGAAAAUAAAGACCAUUCCCUAGAAAGAGGAAGGGCGACUCUCAUUUUUUCCUUGAAGAAUGAAGUUGGUGGACUAAUAAAAGCACUGAAAAUCUUCCAGGAGAAACAUGUGAGCCUGUUACAUAUUGAGUCCCGAAAAUCAAAGAGAAGAAACUCAGAAUUUGAGAUCUUUAUUGACUGUGAUAUCAACAGAGAACAAUUGAAUGAUAUUUUUCAUCUGUUGAAGUCCUACACUAACGUUCUCUCUGUGAAUCCACCAGAUAAUUUUACUGUGAAAGAAGACGGUAUGGAAACUGUUCCUUGGUUUCCAAAGAAGAUUUCUGACCUGGAUCAUUGUGCCAACAGAGUUCUGAUGUAUGGAUCUGAACUGGAUGCAGACCAUCCUGGCUUCAAAGACAAUGUCUACCGUAAAAGACGAAAGUAUUUUGCAGACUUGGCUAUGAACUAUAAGCAUGGAGACCCCAUUCCCAAGGUUGAAUUCACUGAAGAGGAGAUUAAGACCUGGGGAACCGUGUUCCGAGAGCUGAACAAACUUUACCCAACCCAUGCCUGCAGAGAGUAUCUCAAAAACUUACCUUUGCUUUCUAACUAUUGUGGAUACCGGGAAGAUAAUAUCCCACAAUUGGAAGAUGUCUCAAACUUUUUAAAAGAGCGCACAGGUUUUUCCAUCCGUCCUGUGGCUGGUUACUUAUCACCAAGAGAUUUCUUAUCAGGUUUAGCCUUUCGAGUUUUUCACUGCACACAGUAUGUGAGACACAGUUCAGACCCUCUCUAUACCCCAGAGCCAGAUACCUGCCAUGAACUCUUAGGUCAUGUCCCCCUGUUGGCUGAACCUAGUUUUGCUCAGUUCUCCCAAGAAAUUGGCCUGGCUUCUCUUGGAGCUUCAGAGGAGGCUGUUCAAAAACUGGCAACGUGCUACUUUUUCACUGUGGAGUUUGGUCUCUGUAAACAAGAUGGGCAGUUGCGAGUCUUUGGUGCUGGAUUACUUUCUUCGAUCAGUGAACUUAAACAUUCACUUUCUGGACAUGCCAAAGUAAAGCCCUUUGAUCCCAAGAUUACCUGCAAACAGGAGUGUCGCAUCACAACUUUUCAGGAUGUGUACUUUGUAUCUGAAAGCUUUGAAGAUGCAAAAGAGAAGAUGAGAGAAUUUACCAAAACAAUUAAGCGUCCGUUUGGAGUGAAGUAUAAUCCAUAUACACGGAGUAUUCAGAUCCUGAAAGACACCAAGAGCAUAACCAGUGCCAUGAAUGAACUGCAGCAUGAUCUUGAUGUUGUCAGUGAUGCCCUUGCGAAGGUCAGCAAGCAGCUGAGCAUCUGAUCCUGAGAGCAUCUGAGCGCCAAUUCAGAGGCCUGUGGGCCAGCUCCUGCUUUUCUUGAAGACCUGGUCAUGGAGGGACAGUAGCCAAACAACAUUCUCUACUCCCAUUCCUUAAUUAGUUCUUUGGAAAUUUGUACCUGGAUACUCUAUACCAGUACCUAUUUUUUUUUUUUUUUUGUAACAGCUUAGUGAAGUAUGAUUCACAUACCAUACAAUUCAUUGACCACUCGUUUAAAAAAAUUUUUUUUUUAAACAUUUUGUUUAUUUUUGAGAGACAGAGACAGAGAGUGAGUGGGGGAGGGGCAGAGAGAGAAGGAAACACAGAAUCUGAAGCAGGCUCCAGGCUCUGAGCAAGCUGUCAGCACAGAGCCCGGUUUGUGGGGCUUGAGCCCACAAACCGUGAGAUCAUGACCUGGGCCGAAGUUGGACGCUGAACCAACUGAGCCACCCAGGCACCCCUGACUGACCACUCAUGUUUUAUAGAGAAGUUUUUUAACCCCAUGGAUAGAUCUAAUACCAGCUUGAUUCUCUUUUCCCUAAUUUUUCUUGAGUAAAAUGACCUUUAUGAUCAUUUAAAAUGCCUUGGUGGGUAUCAUGGAGCUGACCCAUAUUGAUACCUAAGAUCCUUUUAUUUCUAAAGUAUCUUACUUAUCAUUGGAUUUGUGCCAAGCUUGAUCGCAUUCAGAGCCAUAAAGUUAAUAGGAGACCCACUGUCUCCACUGCUAGCAUGGGCAGAAGUAUAGAGACCUUUCCACAUGAAGCACACCUCAUAAAGAACAAGUAGUCUAGUUUCAAGGAUGGUAUCUUGUAAGGAAAUAGGAGUAGCUAAAUCUGGAAAGGUUGAUUAGGGCAUCAUCCUCAAGACCAGGUUAUGAAUUUGGGACUUUAUUUGGUGGGCACUAGGGAGCCCCUUCCCAUGUGACCAUCCUCCUUGAGUGAGACCCUUUGUUUUCUAAGGCACUGCAUGAUGCUGGUUUUGUUUUAAAACUUUUUUUAAACGUUUAUUUUAUUUUUGAGACAGAGAAACAGGGCAUGAGCAGGGGAGGGGCAGAGAGAGACGGAGACACAGAAUCUGAAGCAGGCUCCAGGCUCUGAGCUGUCAGCACAGAACCCACUGCGGGGCUCAAACCCACGAACCAUGAUAUCAUGACCUGAGCCAAAGCCAGAUGCUGACUGAGCCACCCAGAUGCCCAUGCUGAUUUUGUUUCAGAUUAUCUGUUCUACUCAUGGGUCCAACGGGGAACUUGGAAGCCGGGCAUUUGCAAGGCCCUAUACUCAGACGUGUAGCAUAUCAUGAUGGGAUUUGCCCUUAGGUUAGCAGAAGAUGAUAUUGUCAAAUGGAGAGUUCAAACUGAGACAGGUGAGAGAAGCACAAAGUUAAUGUUGGAAAACUGAUGUUGGGCACUUCAUUUCCAAGGUUUAAGGUGAGACUGUAAAUAGGGAGUCAAGGCAUAAGGGUGGAGGGUGGGGAAACGGCUGAGGAAAUGGGAUAUGAGAAAGGUCAAGAAGACCAUUUUAGGUCUGACACUAAUAAUGCAAGGGUGCAAGGACUGGUUUUUAUGUGGUGUCUGCUGUGUAGUACAGGGAAUGGGCCUGAUACAAGCAGGUGAAGCUGGACUCCUCAAUAUGUGCUGUAUCUGUUUAAUUUGCUCCUUUUCUCUUCCCCACUCCCUCCUCAAGUUUCUUCUGUCUUUGGUCUUCUCUUUCUGCCAUCUCUUUAUGGGAAAUGUUAUCCACAUCCAUGACUUCAAUUAUUAUUUUGUAUGACUCCCGUGUUUGCAAUUCUAACCUUGAGAUCUUUGUUGAAUUUUUGCCUCUUAAGUCCAUCUGCCUGCUAGAUAUUUUCCAUCUAGAUGUCCCAUAAAUCAGGCCAAUGUUGUACAACUUCUUGUGGUACCAUCCACAUAGAAUGAAACGGGUUUAUACAACACAGUAGACCUGCCAAGUAUCUCACACUCAGUAGGUUAAAAAAAAAAGAACCCAUGAAUAAAAACCUCAGGAUCACCUGAAUAUUACACCCCACCAGGUUCCUCUCCCAGUGAUGUCACUUCUGUUAAUGAUAUAUUAUGGGUCAUAUUUUUAGCCAAUUAUUCAUUCUUAAUCAGGUACUUAAAAAACUGUCUUUACUUUUUUUCACAUUAAUAGUCAAAUGGUAUACCAUUUAACACAUUGUAUCUCAACAGACCACUAGAUCUUUUCAUUUAUUUUAAGGCCACAAAAGAAAUUAUAGAAACUUAAAAAAAUUUCUUUUAUUUUAGGUCAUACAAGGAAAUAGAACUGGGAAGAGUAAUUCAUGCUAUUUCAGAUUUUUACAUUACUUAUAAUUUUAGUUAAGUGUAACUUAAUAUACCUUUGAUAGUAAUAGAUCUAAGUCAGCCAAUCUAAAAUCAUUUAAAAUAUUGAUUAGCUAGUUUAUAGUUAGUGAAUUUGGUUGCAAGGAAAUCUGUAAGAAAACCAUGAUAGAUAACAAUUCAUAGCAAGUUAUGCAUAUCAUAUUUGGUUAUUUUCAUAUGACUUUGAUCAUGGUAUAAAGAAUCAUAGUUUUUGAAUUUUAAGAUUGUGGUAUUUAAAACCACUCUGCAUAAAGCACACUAAAAUCAGUGUUAGAGCACAAUCAAUAUUACUUAUAACUUCAGAAUAAUGGAAAUAUUUAAUGAUUGAUUUUAGUUCUUCUAACCUCUGGGAUUGUGAUAUUUAUUUGGUACAUCAGGAGUCCUGAGAGUCUUAGAAUUUUAAAUAAAUAUUUUAAAUAUAUGUCUUUAAGGCAUCUAAGAAUAUGUUAAUAUUUACUCCAAUAUGAGAAUAGAAUUGAGUCGAAAGUUUGGUUUAUAAUUCUUUUUUUUUUUUAAUUAUCUCAGAAGGCUAGGGCUUCUUUUUUUUUUAUUUUUUUUAACAUUUUAUUUAUUUUUUUUAUUUAAAAAAAAAUUUUUUUUUCAACGUUUAUUUAUUUUUGGGACAGAGAGAGACAGAGCAUGAACGGGGGAGGGGCAGAGAGAGAGGGAGACACAGAAUCGGAAACAGGCUCCAGGCUCUGAGCCAUCAGCCCAGAGCCUGACACGGGGCUCGAACUCCCGGACCGCGAGAUCGUGACCUGGCUGAAGUCGGAUGCUUAACCCACUGCGCCACCCAGGCGCCCCGUCAUUUUAUUUAUUUUUGAGACAGGGAGAGACAGAGCAUGAACAGGGGAGGGUCAGAGAGAGGGAGACACAGAAUCUGAAACGGGCUCCAGGUUCUGAGCUGUCAGCACAGAGCCCGACGUGGGGCUCGAACUCACGGACUGAGAGAUCAUGACCUGAGCCGAAGUCGACGGCUUAACCGACUGAGCCGACCCAGGCGCCCCUGGUUUAUAAUUCUUAAUCAAUGACUUAAUACUUAAAGAUGUAGGUGGUAUCUUUCUGACUUUUUGAAGAAAGCUCUAAAAGCUAGCUGGUUGUCAGAAUACCUAUAUUUCUUAAUCUGCCUAUGUUGUAAUUUGGAGUUAUAUAUUGUAAUGACACACCAGAAUGUACACAAUUAUACUUAAUUUGUAAGUUGGCUUCAAAACUGAAAAAGGAAAAAUUCCUGGAGUUCUUUAAAGGCACACAUAAUAGAGUCCAUAUAGUAAUUUCUAGGAAAUGUAUAAAGAUGCUGUGGUCCAUUUCAGUCUAGUGUUUAUUGUACUAUGUAAUAUAUAUUUAUGAUUUGCAAGUUUGUUAUUCAAGCAGAUAAUAAUAAAUGGACACAAAAUUCA